UGGCUGGCAUUUUGUACACUGUGUAGGCUCUGAUCAGCAAGCAGCUGUUGUUCAUUGCCACACUGAUUUUGAUCGGAACAAAGAAGAAGGCCGUUUGCUAACCCGCGCUCUUUGACUAACGCGAGGCUUAGCUGCCAACACCAGAGCAAGUACACUGUUUCUCACAGAACUGUUUUAUGAGUCAGAAGGUACAAAAACCUACGCUGACAGGCCAGCGGCUGCGUACAAGGAAACGUGAUGAAAAGGAGAAAUACGAACCCUUGGUUUUCAGAGACGCUAUUAUCGCUGGUGUGAAUGAUUGUACCGAUCUUGAUUCGCUGACCAAGUUCUUGGACACGAGUGGAAACUCGUUGAACUACCGUCGAUAUGCGGAGGUUCUGUUCGACAUCCUCUUUGCCGGAGGCAUGCUUGCCCCGGGUGGCAGCAUCGUCCAAGACGGAGCUGACCAGGACAAGCCGGUCAAGGCAGACCUCUGUGUCUUCCAGACCGAAGCUGACACCGCAAAGAUGAGAGAGUUUGGGCAGGUCUUUGAUCUGUUGCUAAGGCGAUACAAAUAUCUUCAAGUGCCAUUUGUCGAUGACCUUGAAAAGAUUCUGAAAUUUCUCAAGGGCUUCUCUGAAGAUGAACGGAGUCGUCUUGCUAUGAUUACCGGCGUCUUGAUUGGCAUGGGUUUGGUGCAAUCAACCAGCCUGAACAAUCUGCUUGGUGAACACCUUGUCAAGGAAGGUCUUUCUCUUCAGUUCAUCACAGAGGUUUUCUUGGCGUACGUGACCAUGAAGGAUAUAAACAGCCUCACAACUAACUUGCGCAAGGGUGGUUUCUCCGGCAAGCUUCUGGAAGUUCUUCCUUCCACGCGUCGCACCCAGGAGAACUUUGAAAAACACUUUCAAGAUGCAGGUCUUGGUGGGAUCGUCGACAUGUAUAGAAAUCACCAAGCCGCUGGCAACAAGAAAAUUGUUGAGACUCGACUGAUUGAACUCGUCAGCUCUGAAGCUGAUUCUUCGGAGAUCAAGGAAAUUUGUGCUGAUCUCAAGAAAAAGCACGACCUUCAAGACACUGACAUUCUCCUACUGAUUUGGAAAGUGCUGAUGUCAUCCAUGGAAUGGAGCAAGAAAGAAGAUAUUCUUGCUGAGCAGGCAUUAAAGCAUAUCAAGAAAAACGCUUCACUCCUUGCUUCCUUUUCCUCCACUCCUCGUGCUCAACUUGGCCUAAUGGUUAAGAUUCAGGAGUAUUGCUAUGAGCAUGUAAGCUUCAUGAAGAUCUUCCACCGUAUGGUCAUGUUGCUCUACCAGAGUGAUGUCAUCGGUGAGUCUGCCAUCUUGCAGUGGCACAAGAGUGGCCACAGCAGCAAGGGCAAGAGCGUGUUUCUUGACCAGCUCAAGCCUAUGAUCGAUUGGCUCGAAAAUGCCGAAGAAGAGUCAUCGGAAGACGAGGAGGAUGAGGACUGACGCGCCGCCCCGACACUAUUUCAUUUAUCUUUCCCGGCUGUCCAACACUCUUGGUUCUGUAACCCUCUACUUUGUACCAGCUACUUUAGACGUGUCAUGCGUAAUGCUGUAAUGUACAUGUUCUGCUUGUACUUAAAGUCUUUUUUCUGACUUCA